AUGGAAUUUGAAACAUAUUAUUAUAAAAUUGGUGAAAAUGAAACAAAUCUUGGAAUGUUCUACGAUAAAUUACCAAGUUCUCUUCAUGAAGAAAUUAGUGAAAAAUAUCAAGAAUGGAAAGAGAAAUUCUUAGCUAGGGAUGCCCUAGGUAGUAGAAUUGCUUUUCUAAGAAAAUGGGUUGAAAAGAAAUGUAGAGAGGUUGCAAGAACUCAACAAAUGAAGAGACAAUUUCUCACUUGUUGGGAUUUCCCAAAUAACUAUGGAUGUGAAAGAAAAAACUAUAAUAAGAGGAAGAAUUAUAAGAAAAAUAAAUUUGACAGAUCAAGAGGAGAAACCUAUAAGAAGAGGUACUGUAAACAUAAAUACAAAAAACCCAGUAGGUUUUUCAGAAAGGCAACAUAUUGUCCCGAGAAAAAGAAAACAUGCAAGUGUUGCUCUUGUGGAGAAUUAGGACACUAUGCUAAUGAAUGUAAGAAAGCUAAUCAUAUACUAAUGGAAGCCUUAGGUAGUUGGGACUACAUAGAAAUAUCAGAAGAUGAGGCUUUAGAUUUGGCUUUAAGUAAUAAUAAGGGAAUAGUAGAAAUCAUAGAAGAAGAAAAUGAGUAUAUUGAAGAACCUGAAGACUGUGAGUUUGAAGAUGAAAAUUAUGAAGAAAUAAAUAAUAUGAUGGAAGGGGAAAUAUUAGAAAAAAGAAUCAGACGAUGA